ACAUCUAACAAUCAGCUUGGUGGAAUCCAAAUCAUGCAUAACAAUGGAGUCACACAUGCCACAGUGUAUGAUGACUUUGAAGGAGUGUACACUAUUUUGCAGUGGCUUUCUUACAUGCCAAAGUGUAUGUCCAGUCCUGUUCCUAUAAUAACACCGAAGGAUGCAAUUGACAGACCAAUUGACUUUGUUCCUACUAAGGCUCCUUAUGAUCCCAGAUGGCUGCUAGCUGGAAAACCUCACCCAAGUCAGAAAGGACAAUGGUUAAGUGGAUUUUUUGACCAUGGAUCAUUUAUGGAAAUUAUGCAGCCAUGGGCCCAGACUGUAGUGGUUGGAAGAGCCAGGCUGGGAGGCAUACCUGUAGGAGUGGUUGCAGUUGAAACAAGAUCUGUGGAGCUAAGCAUACCUGCUGACCCUGCUAACCUCGACUCUGAGGCUAAGAUAAUACAACAGGCUGGACAGGUGUGGUUUCCAGAUUCUGCCUUUAAAACCGCGCAGGCAGUCAAAGAUUUCAACAGGGAAGGACUCCCACUUAUGGUGUUUGCAAAUUGGAGGGGUUUUUUCUGGUGGAAUGAAGGACAUGUAUGAUCAAGUACUGAAGUUUGGAGCCUACAUUGUGGAUGGCUUACGUGAGUACCGUCAGCCUGUGUUGGUAUACGUUCCUCCUCAAGCUGAACUGAGAGGUGGAUCAUGGGUAGUGAUAGACCCUACAAUCAAUCCCAGGCACAUGGAGAUGUAUGCUGACAAAGAGAGCAGAGGUGGUGUCCUGGAACCUGAGGGAACUGUUGAAAUAAAGUUUAGAAGAAAGGAUUUGGUAAAGACAAUGCGGAGAGUUGAUCCAGUUUACAUUCACCUGGCAGAGAGAUUAGGAACUCCAGAACUGAGUCCUGCUGAUUGCAAAGAGUUGGAAAACAAACUGAAAGAGAGAGAAGAAUUUCUGAUCCCUAUAUACCAUCAAGUUGCAGUGCAGUUUGCAGAUCUGCACGAUACACCUGGCAGAAUGCAAGAAAAGGGGGUUAUCACUGAUGUUCUGGAGUGGAAGACGUCUAGGACAUUUUUCUACUGGAGGCUUAGAAGGCUCCUUUUGGAAGAUGUAGCGAAAAAGAAAAUCCAUGCUGCGAAUCCAGAACUAACUGAUGGGCAAAUUCAGGCUAUGCUGAGACGAUGGUUCGUAGAAGUGGAGGGAACUGUCAAGGUA